GGGAAGCUCUACUCAUACAGGAAGAAAAGCAAGCGGUCUGCAAGCCACUUACACUGCAUAGUCACACAGAACAUUUACGGUGAUUAAAGACCAAAUCACUGCUUGAACAAUUUAGCAGGAAUGGCAGAGUUGGCGAGUCUGGUGCAGAGGCUGGAGGUGGCAGUGGGGCGGCUGGAGUCUGUGUCUGGAGGUGGGGGGGGAGGCCCGGCUGCUGGUUCUGGAGCUGUGUCGGCGUACGUGGAGGCUUAUGAUGUCAUCCUGUCUGGCGCUGUUGCUCAGUACACCUCCCUCAGCCAGCAGAUAGGGGGCGAUGUCCAGAAACAUGCGGACAUGAUGAAACAAGCGUUCUCCUGUCAGAGGCAGCUACUGGGCACGUCUUCCUGCUCCCAGCAGCCCUCUGAUGCAGGCCUGACCGCUCUCCUCGCCCCUGUAUCCAAGGUGAUCCAGCAGGUGCAGGCGUUCCGUGAGCAGAACCGCUCCUCGCCCUUCUUCAACCACCUAUCCGCCGUCAGUGAGAGUGUGCCUGCCCUUGGCUGGGUUGCCAUGGCUCCCAAGCCAGGCCCCUAUGUAAAGGAGAUGCAAGAUGCUGCCAUGUUCUACACCAACCGUGUCCUCAAGGACUACAAGGACAAGGACAAGGUGCAUGUGGACUGGGUGAAGGCGUACCUCACCAUCUGGACUGAGUUGCAGAACUACAUCAAACAGUACCAUACUACCGGCCUGGCUUGGAGCAAGAGUGGCCCCGUAGCCUCAGCAUCCGCUGCUCCCCCUAGAACUCCUGGUGGGGCUCCUCCCCCCCCUCCCCCUGGACCUCCCCCUCCUCCAAUGGACUUCAGCCAGUCAGGCAAAGACAAGCCUGCCGAAACUCACAACGCCCUUUUUGCCUCUAUCAACAAGGGGUCUGACAUCACCAAGGGGCUGAAGCACGUAUCAGACAAAGAGAAGACCCACAAGAACCCCUCUCUGAAGACUUCUUCUGGCCCGGUCCGCACAGGGCCCAAACCCUUCUCCACUCCUCAGUCAGCUGGCUUCACCGCCCCCGCCCGCUCACUGCCCCCUGUUCUCGAGCUUGAUGGCAAGAAGUGGAAAGUGGAGAACCAGGAAGGAGCCCAGGGCCUGGUCAUCAGUGACACAGAGCUGAAACAGGUGGUCUAUGCUUUCAAGUGCAACCAGAGCACCCUGCAGGUCAAGGGCAAGAUCAACUCCAUCAUUAUCGACAACUGUAAGAAGCUGGGUCUGGUAUUUGACGACGUCGUCGGGAUUGUGGAGGUGAUCAACUGCAGGGACGUCAAGAUCCAGGUUUUGGGCAAGGUGCCCACUAUCUCCAUCAACAAGACAGACGGUUGCCACGUCUACCUGAGUGCUGACUCACUGGCAUGCGAGAUCGUCAGCGCCAAAAGCUCUGAGAUGAACGUUCUGGUACCCGGAAAAGAUGGAGAGUUUACUGAGAUGCCAGUUCCUGAGCAGUUUAAGACUAUCUGGGAUGGCAAGAAGCUGGUCACCACGGCAACAGAGAUUGCUGGAUAGAGGGUCUGCACACCCCCACCCACCUUCUCCUCCUCUCACUCCCCCUCCACCCCCCCUAUUCAAAUGCCUACCUGACUGAUCCACCAACCAACGAGCUAAACCACACGGUAGACCGAGAUGCCAACCUCACUUUGUUUUUUUUGUUUUUGCCCCUUUGUCAGCCAAUCACAGCUUUAGCUGUGUCUUCCUAAAGCCAAUGGGAGGACUACUUGCUUUAUCUGGAACGUUCUUUCAGCCAAUAGCAGGGAGGAGCUUGUCAUUCCAAUUGGCCCCUAAGUGUUCCAGCAAGCGUGUUCUCAUGUUUGCCAACAAGCAAUGGGGAUGUUCUUUGUUAUUGAUUUGUACAUACCUGAAGUACAUUUAUAAUGUCUAAAUUGACCAUAUAGAUUAGCCAAAAUGGGACGAGCCUUUAUCACAACUCAUCAAUGGUCCUGUCCCUCUCCUAACCAAUCAGGUCAUGCUAUCUAGUUAUUUUAACAAAUCAUAAGUCUUAAUAAUUUCUCUGGUCAGCAGGUGUUUCAAAGGAGUUCUACCAAUUUCGGUUUCAUUUAUGCAAUCCAACCAUGAAGCAAGUCAGUAGAACUGUGGUAUCGACAUACCACCAUACAAUAUCAUUUCCAGUGUUUGAUGUUCUAAACAUUCAUGAGAUAAAUAUAACGUGUGUCAUCUACACUCUCAUAGUAGAGACAACUUAGAGACUAGAACUUAAAAGGGUAACUUUUUCAUCAUAACACUGAAGGUUAGUGAUAUUGGACAUUUACAUAAUUGAAAAAAGUCAUAAAUUAAUCAUUGAAUGUAUGUUGACUCAAACCCACAUGGCACAGUCCUUGAAUCAUUUAAAAUGAACAUUCCAUUCUGAGAAGAGCGAUAAAAGAAUGAGUUGAGAGAAAGGGAUCAUGAAAAGGGGAAGAGAUUUUUGCAGUGUGGCUCCUAUUUAUGGCACAAACUGGAAUUGAAAGCACAGAGAGAAGAUGGAACAUGCUGAAUCAUUGAUCACUUUGUUGCCACUCACUGUUCCCUAGUUGAAGCACCUGCUGUAGCGAUCUGUAUAAAUUGUGCUUACUGAGUGGUUGUAGCUUUACCACCAUCAUUCCAUCCUCCUCCUCUCACUCCCUGUUCUGUGGUUUACCCUGUCCUGAGCCGCCCAGCUCUAAGGUACAGUUUUUGUAUCGUCUUUUUUGAUUUUCUUUUACCUCUUGGUCCAGAAUACAAAAUUCUGUACAUUAGUACCAGAGGAGUAAUCAUUGGAAAAACAGUUGCAAUAAAAUAAAUUCUAAUAAAUUC